CCUUCUGCUCAUCACGCCGCCCGUGCUCGCGUUCCGCAAAUGCCGUCCGACCAGGCUACCUGGCUCAUCGCCGUCCCCAACGACGGCGACGCCGAGGGGAUCGUCCAGGAACUCCAGCACAAGCUCAAGGCGCCCUCGCGUGCCGUCAGCCAGCUCGGCAUUCCCUCCUUCAAGACUGGCACCCUUGACUCCCUCAUUACCCUAUCCGAGGAGCUGCCCAAGCAGGAUGCAUCCUUCACCGCGGUCGUCGCCAAGACGGUGGACACCCUCCGGAACCUACUGAACAAUGACCCCAACAAGCUUUCGCAACAUAUCCUCGUUAACGAGACCAGUGUGGACGACUACCUGGCGGACUGGGCCUGGAAUGAGGGACGCUACGGCACGCAGCGCAGCCUGCGCGAGACGGUAGACGCGCUAAACAAGGAGAUGACGUCGAUCGACAACACCAUGAAGGCGAAGCUGCAGAACUACAACCUCGUCAAGGGCUCCCUGACCCAGAUGCAGCGCAAGAAGACCGGUAAUCUUUCUGUGCGCACGCUGGCGGAUGUAGUACACAAGGAGGAUUUCGUCCUUGACUCGGAGUACCUUGAGACGGUCCUUGUCGCCGUACCCAAGACUUUGACCAAGUCGUGGAAUCAGCAAUACGAGCGACUAACUAGCAUGAUCGUACCGCGGUCGAGCAAGGCUUUGGCAUCAGACGACGAGUACACCCUGUUCAGCGUCGUCAUCUUCCGACGAAUUCACGACGAGUUCGUGCAGAAAUGCCGCGAGAACAAGUUCAUCGUCCGCGACUUUGUGUACUCUGACGAGGAGAUAGAGAAGGCACGUCAAGAAUUGGACACUGCCGACAUGACUGAGAAGGAGCUUUGGACUGAGCUGUUACGCCUGUCCCGAACCAACUUCUCCGAGGCUUUCCAAAUACUUGUCCACCUGAAGGUGCUGCGCCUCUUCAUCGAGAGCGUCCUACGAUACGGUCUACCUGCGAACUACUUGGGCAUCGCUGUCAAGCCCGACCCCAAGACCGCGAAGAAGACAUUCACAACGCUACAACAGCACCUGUCCUACCUGCACCGCAAGUCGGCGGACAAGACCCGAGGCGGCGACACCGAAUUCGUCGGCGAAUACCAGACGCUCAUGGAGCAGGAGUUCUUCGAUUUUGUCCUCUUCGAGGUUCCCUGGAUCAUUGUCUAGGUCGCCGCCCCCAUGCAUACCCGUAACUUAACCGCCGAACCCUCCGCCAUCGUUUCAAUUUACAACGAGCGAGGCGACGCUGCAAACUCACCGCCCGCCCUUCAUGCCCCUGAGAGGCCACCGUCAUGCAUCCGGACACUUUCAAUGUCAUGUAGCAGAAAUAAUUUUGUCUAUUACUAGUGAUGCAUAAGAAUACCAGCCCACUAUCGUAGGAAGAAACGUAUUGUACAUGUGUGCCACAUAUCGAACAUAUCGCGACGAC